AUGAACUGUGGACCGUAUCGUGAUGAUCGUCUCGGCACGGCCGCCGUGUCGGUAAUAUUUGACAAUGCAAUGCUUGAUGAAGUUGAUGACGUUGAGGCGCCUUCGACAGAGGAGGCAGCGGUGACUGCAGAGGAGAAGGAUCCUUUUGCGGCGAGCGAGAAGCUUAAUAAGCCUGAGGAGGCCUUGGUUGGGGGAUUCAAGAAGACGAAGGAGUCGGAUCCCGCCCUUGCCCUAGCUGGGCUCGAUGUGACGACCCUGCCGCCGGCUGAGGCGACGAAGCCGACGUUUGUUGGGGUCGAGGGUUUCGAAGGAGAGUAUGGCGGAAUUGAGUUUGGGAACGAGGAGGCUUCGCUGUCUGAGGCUUUUGAAGGGUUUGAUAAUGCUUUUGGUGGCGGCCUCGAUGCGUCUGAGUUCAUCGCGACAAAGAAGAAGACGUCGAAGCCUCAGGGAUUGGGAGGAUUGGAGUUCUUGACAGCCGGCGGCACUGCCCCUGCUGCUGCUGAUAAGGGCGACGGAAAGACUCCUCUGGAGAAUCUCUUGGUGGAGAAGAAGAAGGAGAUGACUGGACCUGAAAUGUUCAUAACAGAGGAGAUCAGUGCGGAGUUCAGAGAGUCCUUGCUUGCUCGUGUUGCAUUCAAAGGUACAAUCUUUUUGAGGACUCUGCCUCCGAAACAAGCAAAUGGAAAGGAGACCGAGUUUUCUUUCAAGGUUGAGGGUACUUCGAGGAUCAAGAGGGCUGCAUUGAUGAGUUCUUGUGUUAGUAGUGUAGGAAACGGGAUAUUUCAUGUUAGAACUCCAUCUAAGGAAGAGCCUCUCCCUGUUAUUAAGUUCAGUUUGCAGCCUAAGCUCACUCCAUUGCCUUUGAGGGUUCGGCUUGUUAAGAGGCAUGUUGGGACUUUACUUUCAGUUAUGAUUCAGUAUGCAUCAAACCCGGAAUUGCCGUCACCAUUGAGCAAUGUUACGUUCAUUCUUAAGCUCCCGGUUGAUCCUACACUGCUAAAGGUUUCUCCAAAAGCUGUUCUGAAUCGAGGGGAAAGGGAGCUGAGGUGGCAUAUCCCCGAUAUAUCAUUGAAGGGUCCCGCUGGAAAGUUGAGAGCACGAAUGCCAGUGGAAGUUGACUCAGAGGAGGGUGAAGUUGAGGUUUAUGGGACAGUAAAAUUUGCUGGGCAAGGAGCGUUUACGUUAUCUGGGGUUCAUUUGAGGCCUGUAACUGAUGGAAUUGCGCACUUCAGUGAGGAUAUUCAUAGGUAUGCAAGUGGAACUUAUUUGUGUAAUUGAUUCUAAUUAAUGCUAGAUUACUUGCGGUUUGAUUCAAUUCUUUGAAUGCUUGUUUUGGGUUACUACAAGUGUGGAUUGUUAGUGUAUGUACUAAUAUUAGAACCCCUUUUUCCAUCUGAUGAUUUUUGGUCAGCUGCAAGCUUCGUGAUGUACUUUUGAGUUGCAAUAUACAAGUCCUUUGUAUUGUUUCAUGAAUGUUGAAAGUUCCAUUUUGUUGUGCAAAAAUUUGAAGUCACAAUUGGA